UAAUGGGUAGAUUACUCCCGGCAUUUGUCUUCCUUGUUUGGCAGCCACAUCAACCCGCGAUCAUUGGAUUCACCGGCUUGACAAAACACCAUGAAGCCAUCCUUCCUCACGCUCCUUGGAGCCGGCCUCGCGGCUGCAACGAAGCAACGCAUUGCCUGGCGUGCCUCGGUCGACACUGCCAACGCCAGUCUCUCGUCUGACUCUGUCGGAAACAACACGCUUGCCAUCUUUGUGUCGGCGCCCAUUGUGGUGACCCGCCUUGCGUCGCAGCAGAACAGUGUCGUCGUGACUGGCUUGCUCCAGCCGGUCGGGAACAACACCGAUGGCGAAGCCGAGCGCAGGCCGCAGGUUGUCUUUAUCCAAACCAUUUCUGUUUCGAACGACACGGCAACGCAGGACGCCAACUUUGACUUUGCCAUCCCGACGCCAUGGAUGGACCACUUGCUCUCUCUGUCCGUCUCUGUCCCUGGCAGCCAGGACAACACCGAGACCAACGGACUUGUCGUCACUCGGGACGCGGCCACUGACACCUUUGUCGUCAAGAACCCCGGCGAGUGGGACCACGACGAGAACGUCCGGAUCAUCGCAGAGCUGGAGGCGGAGCUAGUUAGGACAAUCCCGCAGGAACCCAGCAACCUGGGAGAGGAGUGCGGCAUCCCCGACGAUUGCAACGAAGCACCCGUCGACGGCAAGCCCAAGUCAGAGGACGGGCCAGGCCAAGACCCGGGACAAUACCCAGGAACCAGUCCCGGCCAGUAUCCGACCGAUGACGAACCCACGACGACGGUCACCACUACCCAAACAACGACUGGCUACCCUACCGAGACAACAGUGUCCCCCCAUUCCGACGUCUACCCGCACCCACGCCAGCUGGCCGUGUCCAGGGCCGUCGUCAACGCAAGGGUGACCUUUACCGGCUGGAACGGCAACAUCCAGCCCCUGCGGCUGAUGCAGGUGACGGCCUGGGGCAGCGUGUACAACGCGGCGGGCAGCUUUGUCGAGCGCGUCAACGCUUUCAAGACGCUCGACGUGGCAGGCACAGCGCAGUUCGCCUUUGACCUGCGCGCGGGCCAGCGCAUCGCCGUCGACCGCCUCGUCGCGCGCCUCGAGGGCGACAAGUACAUGGUUGGCACGCGGGCCGUCGACACGGAUCCCCUCGUGCGCAAGACCAUCACGCUCGCCCUCACCGUCAACCCCUGGCGCCUCGCCGCGGGCCAGACGGCGGCGUACACCAACAACUACCCGCGCAACGUGCUGUGCGACGGCAUCCUCGUCGCCGACGCGUUCCAGCGCAUCGCCGACUUUGCGCGCACAAAGGUCGUCGCAGCCGCCUCGAUCCGCAAAGUCGACGUCUGGUUCCCCUCGACCAACCCGGGCACGUUCCUGAGCGAAUCGCCCAUCUUCAUCAACAUCCCCCAUGACGACGCGCGGGAUCCCGACGUGCUCGCCCACGAGUACGGGCACUACAUGCACCUGCUCGCACGGGGCCAGGCGCGCCUCGCCGCGGGGGGUUCGCACUCGCCGUGCAACUCGCCCAGCAAGCAGACGGCGCUGAGCGAGGGCUACGCCUCGGCAUUCGGCCUGCUCGCGCUCGACCUGACCAUCCUCGCCAACCCGAUGUACGGGCAGUACACGGACAAGCGGCCCGACGGGUCAGUGCAGGUCGACAGCCAGUUCGAGACGUACACGUGCAGCAAGCGGACGCUGCAGGACGACGAGGGCCGCAUCACGGCCGCGAUAUUCGACCUCGCGGACCGCCGGCUCGACACAACAGUCCCGGCCGCCAGCGACGACUCGGCGCAGAUCUGGCCCGGGUUCAACGUGCAGGAUAUCAACAUCAUGUUCCCGCAGUCGCUCGUGCUGUGGAGGGCGAUGCGCAACAACCCGCAGGACAUGACGGCGUACUGGGGCGCCGUGCGGGCGCUGAUGACGACGGCCGGCGAGGCCAAGGCGUGGAACGUGCUGCGGUACAACUGGGCUGAUAUUGCCCGUUCGCCAGCUCCAGAUUAUGUGCCGUACCCACCCGUUAGGCCGCCCGUGGACAACUCUGAGUGCCCUGCCGUGUGCUCGCCUCAUCCAGGACAGAACAAGUGCCAUGUGCCCUCCGCACAGAACUGUGUCUUCCCCGCACCGCUUGCGAGCGCGAACCCGCGGUCGUACUGUGCUUGCCGGCCUGGGUAUAAGAGCAAGUUUGGGACCGAUGUAUCUAAGCACUGGCGCGUGGCAACCAAGGGGAUCGAGAACUUCGUGUGGGUUGCCGAGGGGGUUGAGUGCGAGACGCUGUGUGAUGGGGUAAUGUGCAGCGAGGUGCCGGUGCUGGACAAGCCUUGUGUUUGA